GUCAGUGAGGGAGGACUGUGUGCGGGAGACAAUAAAGGCAUUAGAGGUGGAGCCUAUAAGGGGUACGGCGCACGUGAACCAGCUGCCGUGGCAGCAGCUGCAGCACAUCAUGACGGACUGGCUUAGAGACUGCCGCCUGCUGCUGCGCACGAUAAUGGAGGAGGAAUUCUCCCUCGCCACUUCCAUCUUCGGCAUACUGCACUCCACCGCACAGAACCGCACUACCAGCCGCCGGGAACCCUCCCAACUCCUGCAAACCCCUUCCUCCACCUCCUCCACCACAGCCACCAACACAGCCUUUUCCAACCCUCGCCUCCCCAGCCACCGAUCCUCCAGCAUCCGAACCACAGCCAGCAAGUCCGGGAGGUCCGGGAGCACCCGGACCUUGAGGCUCGGCGACGAGGCUGCGGCAGACUCAGGGAGGGCGAUCUCCCUCAAGAUAUUGCGGCAGGCAGGGAUGCCGCGCACGCUGUCAACGCUGAUGCACAAUGCCAACACGCUCACGGCUGCCCAGGCCACACCAGAAAGGCUUUUCCUGCUUCUCGACAUGGCUGCUACUGUAGAAGAACUCAUGCCUCAGGUGGAGCGGCUGGUGUGCUGGUCCGAUAGUGAAGGGCUGCUGGCGGAGUGGCGGGGGCUGACACGCGGCGUGGCGAAGGCGGUGCUGGGCACGUUUGAUGCUCUCACUGCCACGCUGCAGGUGCCCGUGGAGCAGCCCCGGCGGAACAAGUGGCGGUUGUUCCGAGGAGAGGGCAGCAGCAGCGCCAAGGAGGGCGGGGGAGGGAGCGGGUACCCACCGGGAUGGGGCGUGGAGAAGAGUGGAAGCGUGCAUGCCGUCACCAGCUAUGUCAUCAACUACAUUGCCACCUACCUGGGCAGCUAUGAGGUCAAUCACGUCGCCACGUACCUGGGCAGCUACAUCGCCAUGAUGCCACCUACUGGGCAUGUGCAUGUGUUUAGUAUGGGGUGGGGGUGUGUGCUGGCAUGCGCUGUAGGGCAUGCGUACAGCUUCCCUCGUCGCCAUCUGCCUGCGCAGGAGUGCGACGUCAUCGCGGGCGUACGGGUACGGCACGAUGCUGGAGACUCUCCAGUGGAAGGGCUGCUGCAAGCAGUCGCACGGCAGAGUGCUGUCAUAUCAAGCAUGCCCCCCCUUCGCGUGCCUGCAUCCCAUGCCCUUCACAGGAGUGCCACGUCAUCGCGGGCGUAUGGGUACGGCACGAUGCUGGAGAAGCUGCUGGAGAUGCAUGGGCAGGGGAGGAGUAUGGAGGAGGAAACGAUGAAGGUGGUUGAUGUGUUGGUGGUUGACGCAUUAGUACGGAACAUGGAGGCCAGGGCUGGCACGUGCAACAACCCUCUUCUAAAGUCCCUCUUCCUCGUCAACAAUAUCCUCUACAUCAACCGGUUGAGUGAAAAGAUUCACCUGCCCCUGGAGAAUCAGAAGCUGCUUGAGGCCCAAUCAAAGGCCUUCAGAGAGGCCGGGCUGCAGAAGCCACCCACCGUGCCUCUCCACCUCUCAGCCACCCACCGUGCCUCUCCACCUCUCAGCCACCCACCGUGCCUCUCCACCUCUCAGCCACCCACCGUGCCUCUCCACCUCUCAGCCACCCACCAUACCUCUGCACCUCACCUGACCCACUUCCCAUGGCAUGUCUGCUUGCCUCUGCUGCUGCUGCUACAGGUGACGGCAUCGUUGGGCGGGCGCGGGAGGAGUGCUGCCAUGGAGCCAAGUGAAGUCAACAGGCGCCUGCACCGCUUUAACAUAGCCUUUGAGGACCUGGCGUUGGAGCAGAAGGACUGGGUGAUCUGCGACGGCGCGUGGCGCAAGACCACGGUGCACGAGUGGGCGGCACACCUCAAGCACCUCUACGAGGAGUUCCUGGAACCCCACAGGUGUGCUGGUGAUACGUGUAACGGCAGGGCACAGGUGCAGACCAGUUUUGAGGCAGACGCCAUGAAGGCAGCUCGUGAUCAAGAUCCCACCCCGGGGCAUGAGUGCCUGCACCCGCUCUCCUCCUACCACUGGAAGGCAGGCGCCAUCAGGAACCUCAAGCACUUCUCCAAACCUACCUCCACCCCUUACCCCAUACAUACUCCCACCUCAUGGACUCUGCCCAUCCCCCCCCUCUGUGCAGUGAGUGUCUGCACUCACGCUCCUCCGAUCACUGGAAGGCAGACGCUAUGGAGCGGCUCGUGCUCAAGCACUCUUUCUGUGCGUGCACUGAAACCAACGCACCCUCCCUUCCCUUACCCACACUCUCCCACCCACUUCCUCGUCCUGUGCAGUGAGUGCCUGCACACGCUCUCGUCCUACCACUGGGAGGCAGACGCCAUGGAGCGCCUCGUGCUCAAGUCUUUCUUUGCAACCUCCAGAUGA